CAGAGCAGACAGGGAGUGGAGCCGGAAUUAGAACCCAGGUCUCCAGACUCUCAGACCCGGUACCUUCUCCGGAUUUUGCCUCUUCAGAUCUGGACCACUCCGACCUUCACGGUGUAAAAAGUUUUGUCCCGCGGGAUAAGGAGGGAGUAGACGGCCUUUUCCCUUUUAAGGUCCGUUGCCUCUGCCCGGGCCUUGAUCGUUCAAGCGUGGCUUUAAGAGCAUCGGAGGAGUCAGGAGGAAAACCGAUUUGACCAUCCCCGGGCCCAGCCGGCCGGGGGAUUCACGUCGGAGAGGGAGGAGAGUUUCAGCUCCCGAGAUCCCGCGGGCCAGAGGGGCUCUGCCCGACAUCGGAUGAGGGCGGUCCGGCUUGCCCCGGAAGGAGAAGCGAAUCUGGCGGGCGGAAUCGGACGGGGCCAAAACGGAGGGUUGUCCGGCCGCGAGGAAGCCCCCGACCGUUCACGGAAGCGGGAAUUUAGCGCGGGCCGGUCUGCAGAUGUUGCAAAAGCAAAACCGAUGUUCAAAUUCAAAAACCUGGAGAGAGAGGCUGAGGACGCACAGCAUCGAAUCGUCGGGAAAACUGAAGAUCUCCCCCGAACAGCACUGGGAUUUCACCGCAGAGGAUUUGAAAGACCUCGGAGAAAUCGGACGAGGGGCUUACGGUUCUGUCAACAAAAUGGUCCACAAACCGAGCGGGCAGAUAAUGGCAGUUAAAAGAAUCCGAUCGACCGUGGACGAGAAAGAACAGAAGCAGCUUCUCAUGGACCUGGACGUCGUGAUGCGGAGUAGCGACUGCCCGUACAUCGUGCAGUUUUACGGAGCGCUCUUCAGAGAGGGUGACUGUUGGAUCUGUAUGGAGCUCAUGUCUACCUCGUUCGAUAAGUUUUACAAAUAUGUAUAUAGUGUAUUAGACGACGUUAUUCCGGAAGAAAUCUUAGGCAAGAUCACUUUAGCUACUGUGAAAGCACUAAACCACUUAAAAGAAAACUUGAAAAUCAUUCACCGAGACAUCAAACCUUCCAAUAUUCUCCUGGAUCGGAACGGGAAUAUAAAGCUCUGCGAUUUCGGCAUCAGCGGUCAGCUGGUCGACUCCAUCGCCAAGACGAGAGAUGCCGGGUGUCGGCCGUACAUGGCGCCGGAGCGGAUAGACCCGAGCGCGUCGCGGCAAGGAUACGACGUCCGUUCCGACGUGUGGAGCCUGGGCAUCACGCUGUACGAGCUGGCCACGGGCCGAUUCCCCUACCCGAAGUGGAACAGCGUCUUCGACCAGCUGACGCAGGUGGUGAAGGGAGAGCCCCCCCAGCUGAGCAACUCGGAAGAGCGGGAGUUCUCUCCCAGUUUCAUCAACUUCGUCAACCUGUGCCUUACCAAGGACGAAUCCAAAAGGCCGAAAUAUAAAGAGCUUCUGAGACACACCUUCAUCCUGAUGUACGAGGAGCGGGCGGUGGAGGUGGCCGGCUACGUCUGCAAGAUCCUGGACCGGAUGCCGGCCUCGCCCGGCUCGCCCAUGUUCGCGGACUGACGUCGCCGCCGUCCCCUCCCCCCGUCGCGCGACACUCGCGCGCACGCGCACGCAUCGUACCCCUCCCUCCC